AGACCCUACUUCCAUGCUGUUGAUUUGGCUGCCGCACCAUCAGCCUUCCCUGAAGAGGACAACAUAUUCUGUUGGAAUACUGUCUUCGAAGGAACUGAAUAUAAACUCUCUCUUUCAUUCCCAUCUGACUAUCCUUUUAAGCCUCCUAAUGUUAAGUUUCAGACAGCUUGCUUCCACCCGAACGUCGAUGUUUACGGGAAUAUAUGCCUGGACAUAUUGCAGGAUAAAGGGUCAUCUGCUUAUGAUGUAGGACAAUCCGAAUAUAAGUUCACCACUCAACACACAGGCAACAGCACUUUGGAGCAAUCAAAAAGAGUACAUGAAGAUGGUGGAGAAAUUAUACAAGCCGAGUUCUUAGGAAACUUCCUUACCCGAUUGGAUGAGAGGGAGUGCUCCGUUCAUAUGUUGUUUAUGGACCCAAGGAGGAUCGUUGUCUGUGAGCCAGAGGACCUCACCUGUAUCCUUGUGCUUAAAGUCAGGCCAUUUCGGGUUUGGUUUGGAGUUUCUAUUGUCCCACCACUCGAAUGGGCUUGCGAAGAAUAUCUGCCACAAAUGAAGACGAUCUCUACGCUUCUGCAAGAUUUCCUCGUAUGGAACUGCCGAUCGUAA